AUGCCACCAGGACGGCCCAAGAAAGACGUAGAGUCACACAAGGAGUUCAUCCUCCACCUUCAUGACCAGAACAAGGAGUACAAAGAGAUCUUACGACGUCUAUCUACUCAGCGCGGCUUUAACAUCAGUAAGAAUGUGCUCGAGCAACACCUGCGGAUAUGGGCCAAGAAACGCUACGAUAAACCAGAGUGCAGGGACGAGACACUCCGCGAUGCUCUCAUUGCGACUCUGUUCCUUCAGCAAAACGCAAAUGAUAAAGAGAUAUUAGUGGUACUGGAGGCGAAGGAUCUACGUGUGACUUCAGAUAAGCUCCGGCGAUUGAGAGUGGCAAUGGGUUUGAGAAGAAAACGUCCGCUGAAGGAUGCUCGCUCUCAUGAUGAGGAGAUUAUACGCAUUAUCACAGAGCAUCUGGAUCAGGGUGUCAUUGGUGGCUGGGCCCUCACGCAUCUUUACGCAUACUUUCGUCGUAACGGUGUGUUUAUCUCGAGGAACGAUAUCAUGUACACCUUAAGACUCGUGGAUCCGGAGCGCGUCAGUGGUAGAUACCAGAAGAAACAGCACAGAAGGAAGAAGUUUUUGGUAGCCGGCCCCAAUGCUAUAUGGUCAGUUGACGCCCACUGCAAGCCAGAGAUCAUUGGCAUUCAGAUCUACGCCGUGAUCGAUGCGUACUCCCGCAAGGUCAUCUGGAUCUAUGUGGGAGGCUCCGGACGCACAGCUGUCAGCGUCGUAAAGCAGUUUUUGAUGUAUAUGGAAGAGCAUAAGAUUAUGCCGGAAAGGUUUCGUUCAGACCGGGGUGUUGAGACCAUCCUUAUUGCCGAUGCAUUUCAUCAAUUGUGUGAAGUACAAGAAGAUCGAUCGGAAGAGGAUCGUGCCAUUGAGAAGUGCUGGAUGUUUGGCAAAAGCACCGCUAAUCAACGUAUUGAAUCUUGGUGGAUGCAUCUACAGUCCUCACAACUCCGUCAAUGGGUGCUCUUCUUCGACCGGUUGAAGGAGGAAAACCACUUUGUAAAGGAUCGGCUAGCGGAUACCAUUGCUGUGUACGCUAUCUAUAUGCCCUUGGUUCGAGCGGAGGCCUUUGAGUUUGUUAAGAAUUGGAAUGAGCACCGAAUUCGCAAGCAAAAGACUCGCCCGCAUGUGACUUCCGGUUUGCCAUGGUUUAUGUACGAAUAUCCCGAGGAACCAGCGGUGGACUGCUCCAGCGUACCGAAUCCUGACCUUGUUGAUACACUUCAUCAAGAAGUGGAAGCAUACGAUCUGGAUGAGUACCUUCCCGCGGUGACACUACAGUGGUGUCAUGAGAAGAUGCGAUCGCUUAGUUUUGAUCCGGCAACUUUGACGGCAAAGGAUGUACUUGAGGAGGAGGGAAUGGGAAGACGUGUGCACGGUCACGUUUUUGUCCUUCUCAAGCAGGAGGUCGAACGGCAUCUCGCUGUGGGUAACAACAGUCCAACCCUGACGUUAACGCAGAUACCAAAGGGAGCUGGGUCUUGGAAGCCUUCUGAAAAGGCUAUGACAGCCUUUCAUGAGGCUUAG